ACCAUGGACCCCAAUUCAAGCCCCUGGCCAUAUGCUUACAAUCGUAUAGUACCGGCUGGCGGCACCAGCGGUUCCGCCGAUGACUUUCAACAUCCCCAUCUGGCCUCCAGUGCCCAAUCCCUACUGCUACAGGCCCACACAAAUAUUGCCGCCAACAUAGCAGCGGGUGGCGGCAGUUUUGUCUCCCCCUCACCGAUCAGCGGCUAUAAUCCAGUUUUCCAACAAAUCUAUCAUCAUGCGGCCGCCGCCAGUGCUGUACAACCGAAACCUGCCCAUUAUGCCUCAUCGGCUGUCAAUACACCGCAUCGACAAUUGCAAAUACCCGCCACAUUGGAUAAACAAUUAACCUCAUUCCAAAAUCAGGCUGCCAUAGCGGCUGUGUCCUCGGCAGCAGCAGCCGUUGUUAAUAAUGCAGCGGCGGCCACCAAUUAUUAUGGGGAGAAUUCAUCGUCUAGCGGUGCUUCGCCAUCACCCACAACGUCAACAAUAACACCGACAACGUUAAGUUGGAAUUCGCCAAUGAUAUCGAAUACCUUUUUGGCUAUGCAACAACAGCAGCAGCAACAACAGGCACAGCAGCAGCAACAACAGCAAGCUCAGCAGCAGCAGCAACAACAACAGGCGCAGCAACAGGCUCAACAGCAAGCCGCCCAACAACAGGCCGCCCAGCAGCAGGCUCAAGUUAAGGCCUACAAUGAUUUGUUAUACCUCACACAAUUACAACAGCAACAACAACAGCAGCAACAGCAGGAGGAGGAAAUCUAUAUCGAUGGCAAGCAUUAUAAAAUUGUACGGAAAUCUCAGCAACAGACGCAACAACAGCAGCAGCAACAACAACCCCAACAGCAACAGCAGCAUGUAUUACAAAUCGAACAACAUCCUAGUCCAGCUUCGUCGACCACCACCCAACAACAUUAUCCGGUUUAUGCCAGUCCGGCUCUAAGCUCCACCGGCAACUCCUCCCCAGCAGCCCUGCAUAAUGUGGCUGCCGCCACCACCCCACCGCAAGUUAUUGUUUAUAAAACACCGGCAGGAGGGGUGACAGCGGCUGCGGCAACAACGGCGGCAUCGAAUGAAACACCCAUACGAGGUGGUCGUGGACAUGUUGCAAACGCUGGUUCGCCUGCAACAAACAACAACAACAGUGCCGUUGCCUAUUCAUCUGUGAUACAAAGUACAUUGCAGCAGCAUCAACAGCAGCUGCAACAACAACACAAUCCACAACAACAACAAAUCCACAUGUGGAAAAUUGAAGAAGAUGAAAAUGCUGGCCAGCAGCAGCAGGAGGAUGUUAAAAAUGUACUACAGCUGCAGGUUAAACAGGAACACCAUAAUCUAGAUUACAAUACCGCCCUGGUGGGCAAUAAUGUUGUGCUGAGUGAAAAUUUAAUUUUCAAUUUGCCACCCGGUUUGGAAAUCAAACAGACCAUGGUGAAUAACAAUAAUCACCAGCAACAGCAGCAACAGGCUGUUGCUGUGGCGGUAGCAAAUUCGGUAUUGCAACACACCCACAGCCAGCAGCAGCAACAACAACACCAACAGCAUCAGCAACAUUUGCUGGUGCAACAGCAGCAACAACAACAUCUCUAUAAUAAUGAACAAAAUCGGCAGCCAGCAGCUGCUGAGAAACGACGCCAGCACAUGAUUGCCAAUAUGUUAAUGUCACCGUCCGCCGCCGCCGCCGCCACCACCUCCACAGCUUCGCCAAAUAACCAUCACCACCCCCAGCAUCCCCACAAUUCUUCUACGUCUUCUUCGUCUUCCCAUCAGGCAACGUCGUCAAGCUCAGGCAACACAACAACAACAACGUCACAGAUUCAAAUAAAUUCUAAGGCUGAGGAAAAACACCAACAACAACAAAUGGUGACGAAGACCACCAAAACACCGCGUAAGAGACAGCCGAAAAAGACGCUUAUCACAAAUGACUACGAGGCUGAGCAAAGUUCACAGCAGGAUGCAACGGCAGCAGGUCAUCAUCAACAGCAGCAGCAACAACAACAACAGCAUGUUCAACAGCAACAACAACAAGCCACAUAUUAUGAUUUCAAUAACAAAUGGAAUACAACAACAUUGAAGCAGGAAAAUAAUACAACAACACCGGCGGCGGCUGUGCAGGUGCCCGCAAUAAAUAUACCCACAUAUCAACAACAGCAGCAGCAGCAACAACAACAGCAGCAGCAACAGACUGCCGUGGCUCAUCAGCAGCAGCAACAGCAACAACAAGUGCCACAACCAGCUCAUCUACAAUCAUCACAAGCCCAAUCCCAUCUGACCAAUCUAUCGCCGUACUAUCCCAAUUUUACACAACAAAUUGCCUCACAAUAUUCCGCAUGCAUGCAACAGACAGCAGCUGCUGCCGGAGCCAUACAGCAUACCCUGUACAAUCUCAAUCAGCAUCAGCAACUACAGCAGCAAGCGGCGGCAGCUGCGGCGGCAAAUCAACAACAACAGCAGCAGCAACAACAACAGCAUCAGCAGCAGCAACAAAAUACAGCUGCAACAGCAGCUGCCGCUGCUGCCACACCUGCGGCAGCCAGCAAUAAAGUCAUUGUACCGAAUAUCGAAGAAGAAUUGGAUUUCCUGGCCGAUUCAACACCCAAACAGGGCUAUGCCAGUGCCAGUGACACGGCACGCAAUACGUCGACGAAACCAACCAAUAUAGGCAUCUACAAUCCGAAUACGAAUAGCAACGAUUCCACCGGCAGUAAAAUGUCGGCGAAAUCGAAUAUCAGUGGCAGUGUCGGUCUCGGUGUACUGGGCAACAGCAGCAUCGGUGUCAGCGGCAAUUCAACAUCGUAUGUGCCUCCCGAAAAGAAGCCGGUGGUGGGCACCUCCAUUGGCGAAAAGAAGACUCAAUUUAUGGACAGCUAUUUGAAGUUCUUGCAAGGUGAUCGCGAGGAGGAUGCAGCGGCCACGGCCAAGGGUGGCCGGAAAAAUAAUUAUGCCAAGACAAAUGCUGGAGGUGGUGGUGGGGGAAUUGGCGGCGGCGGUGGUGGAAGUGGUGGUGGUGGAGGCAAACGAGGUAAACAAGCCCAGCAGCAACAACAACAACAACAACAAGCUCAGCAGCAGGCCCAAACGCAACAACAAAACCUAAAUCCCUCAAAUGAUGAAGCGGCAGCAGCAGCGGCGGCGGUGGCAGCCGGCCACAUAGAUCCCCAUGGUGGUGCUACACAACAACAACAGCAUGGUCAGCAGCAGCAAAUGGUAACCGGUGAUGAUGGCCAUCAAAUCAAAAUUCUAUCACAGACACAAAUUUUGCCCAAAAAGCGGCCACAUGCCCAAAUGCAGGCAGCUGCUGCUGCAGCGGCUGCCCAGCAGCAGCAACAGACGGCGGCUGCGGCCAAUAAUUCGAAUUCGCAUACAGGUACAUCGGUAAUACAACAGCAUCCUCAGCAUUCAGAACAUCAGCAGCAACAACAACAUGAGCAAUCAUUCCGUCCCUAUGGACAACAUCAGCAGCAGCAGCCCCAACAUCAUCCACAACAACAACAGCAGCAAUACUGUGCACAAAUGGGUUAUGGCUCAACACCAGCAGCUGCAGCAGCAGCGGCCACAUCCAACACAACUGGAGGCGCCGGCGGCACCAGUCAAGAUCCACUAACACUCCCACCCAGGCGUGAACAAUGUUUACGUAAGGCCAAAACCAACAGUAUAGCUAUAUUAGGUACGACAGCGGCAGCUACCAGCGGUCCCACAGACGAUGUCAUGGCUGAGCCAGAUGAAUUUGCCGAUUCGGAUACGGAUCCAGUGUGGACACCACAGGAAGAAGAUAGUGAAGAUGGCAAGGGGUUUAAAAGAAAAAUGGCCAGACGUACAAAAAGUUCACCACGUAAACAUUAUAAUCAACAGCAAAUGCAGCAAGUUGUACACCAACAACAACAGCAACAACAACACCAGCAGCCGUUACAACAAUCACCGGUUCAACAGCAGCAACAACAGCCCUCACAAAAUCCCGUUGUCGUCACCACCAAUGAUGGUUACACGUUAAAUCAUGAUAUGGCCAAUACAUCAACAAGUUAUACGAAUUCAUCUGGUGCUGGCGCCGGAUCAGAUAAUUUUAAAACCGGUGAUUUUAUAGUUUUACGUACAGAUUUGGUUAAUGAUUGGCCCACCAUAUGGCAGGUGGAUUCCAAAUGUAUUCUACAAAAAUAUGAAGCCUUUUAUCAGAAUGGUAAAACAUUUUAUCGCAAUAUGUCCAAGUAUGCUUCCUGGAAUUUGGACACGAAGAAAUUAUAUUUAAAAGCCCCCGUACGCAUACAAGUUCAAUCUCAUACCGAAACAAUUGUGGAAUUUCUCAGAUCGGAAUUAAUAGCCGAUGACACUGAGCAAUUUAUCGAGAAAAUCAUGGAGGACUAUUUAUCGUAUAGAGAUCAUUUUGAAAUUUAUAUACAAACAAUGAUAUCACAAGUAUUAGAUCCAAGUUUCUUUUCGGAAAUAACCAGGGAAAAGGAUGAAUACUUUUUAGGCAGUGUUCGUGCCUUGGAUACAAUAUUAGAAAAUUGUAAACGUAAGCUGUUAUCGAUAACACCCUGGACCCGUAGUGUUAUUACCUCAAUAGAAACCUGGCCCAAGUGUCAUGUCUUCUCCGAAUGGGGACAAAAUAAUUUAACACAAAAAAAUUGUGCCGGCUGCCAUCAGCCGGGCAUAUCGGUGCGUUUUCUAUUAUUCGGUCAACCCUAUAAUUCAAAUACCAUGCAGACAAUACCCACAGAUGCCCGCAUGACCUAUGAAAAGGACAUUCUACUGUGUCGCAUUUGUGCCGCCCGUGCAGAUAUUUUCCAUAAAAUUGCCCAUGAAAAAUAUAAUCUUUAUGUAAAUUGUUCUCGACGUGUAUCCGAACUGCAGGCGGAAAAUCCCAACAAAUCUUCGACGGAAAUCUUAAAUGAUUUGCUGGCCGAACACAAUUGGAUCGAUGAGCUCUUCCGUAACAUGAGAAAUUCCUGGGCCGAGGUCGAAAGUCUCGAAAGGCAAAAACGCUUUAGAGAAGUCUCACAGUGAAUCAAAUGACAACAACAAC